AUGGCCACGCACCAUCACGAACACAACACGUCCGCGAGUACCGCGCAUCCUGUCUCAGAAUCUAUACAAGAUCCAGCCAUGCCCGAGUUAGGUGAAGAACAGCCACUGUUGGGCCCAAGUCCCGCAGUGACUUGGAAACCGCCGCCAGGCUUCCUCUGGAUUCAACUUGCAAUCAUGGCAAACGUUUUCCUCGGUGGAUUUGACGGCACAAUUACUGCCUCGACCUACGCGGUCAUCAGCUCCGAGUUCAAUGCGGCCAAUACAGCUUCAUGGCUGACUACCUCGUACCUGAUUACCAGCACCGCAUUCCAGCCACUUUACGGACGCUUCUCCGACUUGCUUGGCCGUCGUGCUUGUUUCUUCACUGCGACUAUCUCGUUCAUGAUCGGGUGUCUGGGAUGUGCACUGGCGAGAGAUGUAGUCUUUCUCAACAUCAUGCGUGCGCUGACCGGCAUUGGAGGGGGCGGCUUGAUGACCAUGGCAACCAUCAUCAACUCUGAUCUCAUCCCAUUCCGCCAGCGCGGCAUGUACCAGGUGGUCCAAAACGUUUCGUACGGCUUCGGUGCCAUCUGCGGCGCUUCAUUCGGCGGGAGUAUGGUCGACACCAUUGGGUGGCGUUGGUGCUUCCUCAUUCAAGUCCCGGUUUCGCUGGCUGCGUUGGUUCUCGGCCAUUUUGUUCUCACAUUCCCUGCGAAGAAGGAUCACUCCAUGGGACAGCAGGGCCGGGGUAUCUGGCACCAGAUCGAUCUUCUUGGAUCCCUGCUUCUUGUCCUGGCUCUAUCUAGUCAGCUUGUUGGAUUGAGUCUUGGAGGCAAUGAGCUCCCCUGGAGCAACAUCUGGGUAAUAUUGUCACUGAUUGCCAGCAUGGUGUUCCUUGCAGCUUUCUUCGCCGUAGAGGCCACGACAACGGCCACUCCUCUCAUUCCAUUGAAGAUGCUCCAGGGUCUGCUUCCUGUUUCAACUCAGAUUGCCAAUGUCUGUGUUGGUAUGGCUGCGUAUGCCUUCCUUUUCACCCUUCCGCUGCUUUUCCAGGUGAUUUUACUUGAAAGUCCCACCAAGGCUGGCGCCCGACUGGCCAUCCCAUCCCUUGCCACCCCAUUGGGCGGGCUCAUCUCUGGAAUCGUGAUGUCGCGAUGGGGGAAGCUAGCCUACCUCGUGCGUGCAGGUGCCGCCUUGAUGUGCAUUGGGAACUUGCUGGUUACCCUCCUGCGCUUCCAUGACUCGGAAUGGAAAUAUUAUGCAUAUAUCAUUCCCGCCAAUCUAGGCCAGGGAAUUGUCUACCCGGGAAUUCUGUUCACAUUCCUAGCUGCAUUCGAUCAUUCCGACCAUGCCGUAUCCGCUUCGACAGUAUACCUCAUCCGCUCCCUUGGGACCGUUUGGGGCGUGGCUGUUACAUCGGCAAUCAUCCAGAAUACACUCAGCUCAGGCCUCGGGGAGGCCUUGAGUGAAAUACCAGACAAAUGGAAAGUGAUCGACGAGAUCCGCCACUCGAUUUCCGCAAUCCACGGCCUACCCCCCGACGUGCAAAUUGCGGUUCGACUAGUCUACUUCCGUGGCAUACGGCUCUGUUUCGCGGCAUCCGCAGCAUUCGGCGGGGUCGCGACGGUCGCAGCCCUCUUCACCCGUGGAAAGGGGUUGGAACGCGCCGGUGGAGAUUGA